GGCGGAAACGGUAUGUCUGCUUGCGUUCCGACUAUUUUCAGCCCCUUUUCCUUGCAGGACCCCAUGAGUAAGCUGUGGCGCCGCGGGAGCACCUCUGGGGCUAUGGAGGCCCCUGAGCCGGGCUCUCCUUCUGCAGGGGAAGCCCUGGAGUUGAGUUUGGCGGGUGCCCACGGCCACGGAGUGCACAAGAAAAAGCACAAGAAGCACAAGAAGAAACACAAGAAGAAACACUACCAGGAAGAGGAGGCAGGGCCCACGCAGCCGUCUCCUGCCAAACCCCAGCUCAAACUCAAAAUCAAGUUGGGAGGGCAGGUUCUGGGCACCAAAAGUGUUCCUACCUUCACUGUGAUCCCUGAGGGUCCUCGCUCACCCUCUCCCCUUAUGGUUGUGGACAAUGAAGAGGAACCUGUGGAAGGAGUCCCCCUUGAGCAGUACCGUGCCUGGCUGGAUGAAGACAGUAAUCUGUCCCCCUCCCCACUUCGGGACUUGUCCGGGGCCUUAGGGGGUCAGGAGGAAGAAGAAGAACAAAGGUGGCUGGAUGCCUUGGAGAAGGGGGAGCUGGAUGACAACGGAGAUCUCAAGAAGGAGAUCAAUGAACGGCUGCUCACUGCUCGACAGCGAGCUCUGCUGCAGAAGGCUCGAAGUCAGCCUUCCCCGAUUCUGUCACUACCUGUGGCUGGGGGCUGCCCGGCCCCCGCUCUCACCGAAGAGAUGCUGUUGAAGCGUGAGGAGCGGGCACGGAAGAGGCGGCUGCAGGCGGCUCGGCGGGCGGAGGAGCACAAGAACCAGACUAUUGAGCGCCUCACCAAGACUGUGGCGCCCAGCGGGCGAGGAGGCCGAGGGGCCGCGCGGGGCGAGAGGCGGGGAGGGCGUGCCGCGGCCCCGGCCCCCAUGGUGCGCUACAGCAGCGGGGCACAAGGUUCCACCCUUUCCUUCCCACCUGGCGUCCCCGCCCCCGCGCCUGUGUCUCAGCGGCCAUCCCCAUCUGCCCCUGCACCUCGGUGCUCUGUCCCCGGCUGUCCACAUCCGCGCCGCUAUGCCUGCUCCCGCACAGGCCAGGCACUCUGCAGCCUUCAGUGCUACCGCAUCAACCUGCAGAUGCGGCUGGGUGGGCCUGAGGGCCCCGGAUCCCCACUUCUGGCUUCUUAAGGCCCUCACCCAAUCUGGACUCUUGUGCCUUCUCCUCUGUCCGCGGUUUUCAGUGUCUUCCCCACCCUAUUAAAUUUCAUCCAGUGCC